GGGAGCGGAGGCCGGAGCGGAGCGGGCCGGCGGGCGCGGGGCUCGGCGGCGGGGGUCGGCCGGGCCCGCGGGGUCCGCCCGGGCCUGAGCGUCCGCCGAGCGGCGGGAGGAGCGAGGGGCGCAGACAAAGAGCGGCGCCUGGGCGGGCGGCGCGCGAGGUUUAAGGCUGAACCUGGCAAGUUUGCGUCUGCACAAGGGGAUGAGCAGGCCGCAGCGCUGGGCCCGCGCAGGCCCACCCCUUCCUUUGACCCCAAAGAAACUGCACCCUGAGAGGCUACCGGGUGUGGCUUGCGGGACCCACAGAUUUCCUAUGUUCCUUUUCCACAGGUGAUUUCCCGGAUCAUAAUUCUCCGCUGAGGCUUGAGUUGGGUUUGAGAACUUGGAGAAUUCCUGCAGCUUGGUGACUUGGGGGGUGCUGUCAGUUGAAGAAUUCACUUGCUGAGGAGCUCCGUGCCGUGCGUCCUCUCUCAUAACUGAGUGCCGAAGAAGGGACUCCAUGAAAGAUGACAGAAGAGGUCAUCGUCAUAGCCAAGUGGGACUACACGGCCCAGCAGGACCAGGAGCUGGACAUCAAGAAGAACGAGCGCCUGUGGCUGCUGGACGACUCCAAGACCUGGUGGCGGGUGCGCAACGCGGCCAACAGGACGGGCUACGUGCCGUCCAACUACGUGGAGAGGAAGAACAGCCUGAAGAAGGGCUCCCUCGUGAAGAACCUCAAGGACACGCUCGAGAUCCAGUGCAGAAAUAUCCGGCUGGUCAUUUCCUAGAGGUCCUCGAGUUUGGAGCUUUACGCCUCGGCAGGACCCGCAGGAAGACAAGCGCCCGCGAUGCAUCGCCCACACCCAGCAUGGACGCCGAGUUCCCCGCCAACGGGGGCGGCGCCGACCGCAUCUACGACCUCAGCAUCCCGGCCGUGGUCAAGUUCGCGUACGCGGCCGAGCGCGAGGACGAGCUGUCGCUGGUGAAGGGCUCGCGCGUCACCGUCAUGGAGAAGUGCAGCGACGGCUGGUGGCGGGGCAGCUACAACGGGCAGGUGGGCUGGUUCCCAUCCAACUACGUGCUGGAGGAGCUGGACGAGGCAGCCGCCGACGCGCCCGGGGGCCCGAGCCUGCGGCCCAGCGCCGCGCUCAGCAACGGCCAGGGCGCGCGGGUCCUGCACGUGGUGCAGACGCUGUACCCCUUCAGCUCGGUCACCGAGGAGGAGCUCAACUUCGACAAGGGCGAGACCAUGGAGGUGAUCGAGAAGCCCGAGAACGACCCCGAGUGGUGGCGCUGCCGCAACGCGCGCGGCCAGGUCGGCCUGGUGCCCAAGAACUACGUGGUGGUGCUGAGCGAAGGCCCCGCCCCGCACGCGGGCUCCGGCCCCGCGGGGCCUGCGCGCGCCGGCCGGUUCGCGGGCCGCGAGUGGUACUACGGGAACGUGACGCGCCACCAGGCCGAGUGUGCGCUCAACGCGCGGGGCGUGCAGGGCGACUUCCUCGUCCGCGACAGCGAGUCCUCGCCCAGUGACUUCUCCGUGUCUCUCAAAGCAUCAGGGAAGAACAAGCAUUUCAAGGUGCAGCUGGUGGACAACGUCUACUGCAUCGGGCAGCGGCGCUUCCACACCAUGGACGAGCUAGUGGAGCAUUACAAGAAGGCCCCCAUCUUCACCAGCGAGCACGGGGAGAAGCUCUACCUCGUCCGGGCGCUGCAGUGAGCCCCGUGGACGCGCCCCGGAAAGGCGCCCCGGCCCGGGCCCUCCUGCAGGCCCGCUCCCGGUGGCCGGCCCGUCCUUGCUCUCUCCAGCUGGCUUCCCUUCCCGUCCGGGCCGCUUCGUUUGCCCUCCGCCCUCCUUUGCCGUCCCAGGCCCUCCUGGGCGGUUUUUAGUUAUGGGCAGGUGGAAGGGGGCGAGUCAGCUCACUUUAAUCCCUUCUCCGUGGGAGCCGGCCGUAGUCUGCUCGCCUCGUGCGCGCCAGCAAACGCCCCCUUUAAGGACAUCGGGCGCGGUUUGGGUGCACCGGAGCUGCCCUUACUUCCGUGAGCCGCAGCGCACGUGACAGUGGGGCCGGGCCCCGGGUGGCACCUGCCCAGGGACCACCUGUCCUGGUCCCGGCAUCCCUGGAUCUGCGUCGUUGGCGUUCACACAGCUCCCAGACUCUCCGGGGGUGACCCCGGGCGCUCGUAGCAAUACUGGAACCACCGGGUGAGACGGGAGGGAAGAAGCUGUCCAGUGCCUUUGGGGCUGCACUUGCAAUAAAGAAAAGAGGUCCCGGAAAGUCAGUCCGGAGACUCGGAGAGACAGAGGUUUCGGAAAUGUUCUCCCGAGAUGUGCCAUCCGCAUAGUGCUCUUUCUUCUUGCCCUUCGGCUCGUUUCAGUUUCACGAUGAUGUAUUUAAUUCUCAAAGUAAUAUGUAUCUAUAGCCAUUCGUUGACACUAAUACAGAUGAUGAAGGAAAACAGCUGAUCUUUGGGAAAGGGGAGUGACCAACACUUCACACACACGCGUACAUUAUAUAUAUAUAUAUAUAUAUAUGUAUAUAUAUAUAUAUAUAUAUAUAUAUAUAUAUACACACACACACACACACACACACACACAUAUAUAUAUAAUUUGCUUUACAGGGAAAUUUUUCAGGGUUUACAAAAGGAUAUGUGAUUUUGGUAGUAGGAGACACAGAAUGUUUAUGAGGAAAUUGCAUUUUCUUUUUUCUUUACAUUUGAACUCCUUUAUAGUUUAAAUACACACUCUUGAGAUGGCACAUUCCUACAGCUGAGGAAGGGGUCUUGAGACCUCCUAAACUUGCAUACUCAGUUUUUUGGAUAUUGUAAUAAAAAAGUAUUAUGACACGACUCUGUGUGUGUGCGUUCAU